CAAUGUUGACUUUUGGAGGAAGAACAACUGCUUCCGUAAAAGAGUUGAAGAACAAUGAGCAGCGUUCCAGUAGUAUGUUGAAAAACAUUUCCAAGGAAGCAAGGAAUGAAGGAAAGAAACGAAAAAAAGGCGUUUGGAAAAAUUGCGACCACCAGGGAGCAUUUUGCACGAGCACGGCAGACCAGGGCGCUCGGCGCAAAGGACACUCCACCACCACCACUUCCAUUUCCAUAUACCACCACCCCCACCAUCUUCCCCAGCCUUCCUCCCCUUUCUGCUGCAUUCCCUGCUCCACAAGGAAAAGGAUUGCUAGCCUAGGAGCCAUGGUGAGGAAGGAGACGAGCACGAGCAUGAGGCUCCCGCCUCAGCACCAGGGGCUGGAGGUCAAGAUCCCGAGCUUCUUCCGGUGCCCGAUCUCGCUGGACGUCAUGCGGUCGCCGGUGAGCCUCUGCACGGGCGUCACGUACGACCGCGCCUCCAUACAGCGGUGGCUCGACUCCGGCCACACCACCUGCCCGGCCACCAUGCUCCCGCUCCCCUCCACGGAUCUCGUCCCCAACCUCACACUCCGCAGCCUCAUCGCCCACUGGUCCGCCUCCGCCGCCUCCUGCUCCCCCGCCGCGGCCGGAUCCGUCGCCUUCUUCGCCGCCGGCCCUUCCCCCGCGGGGCUCGUCCGCCAGGUCGCUUCCUCCCUCGGCGGCGGCGCCGACCCUUCCCCCGCGCUCUGCGAGCUCGCGGCCUAUCUCUCCGACGACGACGUCGACGAGUUCGAGAAGAACGCGCUCGUGGGCGCCGGCCGCGCCGCGGAGACCGUCGCGUCCGUGCUCAGACGGAAAGGGGAUCAGAUCGUGAGCGUCGAGGGCGCCGAGGCUGCCGUGAGCGUACUCGCCGCGAUCGUCGCGCUGGACGGCAUCGAGGACGCGAACAAGAGGCGCGUCGCCACGGGCCUCGCCGUGGACGCGGCGGCCUCGGCCGCAUCGCUGGCGCGCGUCCUGCGUGGCGGGAGCGGCCUCGAGGCAAGGAUCGACGCGGCGCGGCUCGCGGGUUUCUUGCUGGACAAUGCCGACGCCGACGCGAAGGCGGCCGUGGCCGAAUCGUCCCAGCUGGUGGCCGAGCUGAUACGGCUCAUCGGGCCCGUCGACGAGAAAGGCAGCCUGGACAAGAAGGCCAUGGGCACCGGCCUCUCGUGCCUGGCCACGAUCUCAGGGCUACGCCGCGCGGCGCGCGCCGAGAUGGUGCGCCUCGGCGCCGUCUCGGCCGCGGUGCGCGCGCUCCACGCCACGGCGGAGCCCGGCGCGUCGGCCAAGGCGCUCCGGAUCCUCGAGUCCGCCGUGGGCUGCGCCGAGGGCCGCGCGGAGCUGUGCAAGGACGCGGAGGAGACCGUCCCUGCCGUGCUCGACAAGAUGAUGAAGUCCGGCCGCGACGGCGCCGAGGCCGCGGUGGCCGUGCUCUGGGCGGUGUGCCACAAGUACAAGGACCGCAGGGCCGCGGACGCCGCCGCGGCGUCCGAGGGCGGGCUGACGAGGCUGCUCCUGCUGCUGCAGAGCGGGUGCUCGCCGCCGGCCAGGCAGAUGGCCGUGGAGCUGCUCAAGAUAUACAAGGUGAACGCCAAAAGCUGCCUCGCCGGCUACGACUCCAAGACCACCCACAUCAUGCCGUUCUGACCCAAGCUAAACGAAUGGCUUGCAAGCUCGGAACAGAACAGGGGAUAAACUUGUUAUUCAUGUUUUCUUUGAUUUGUUUAAACUGUAAGUUGAUAGAGAAAGAGAAGAAUUGAUUCGUGAAGAAGAGAAAAAAUAUGUACAUUGGUAGAGUUUUGACAGAAGAAUAAUAAGUAUGAAAGUAAAUGGAGAUUGACAGCCAGAGAUA